AGCUACUCGGCCCACUUGUUGCUGCUGCUAGCUGGGACUCUGUCCGGUUAGCUAUUAAUCCAGCUGGCAGUUCACGGUUAUUGAUUUCAUAUUCACUUCCUUUACAUAACUGUUCCAGCAGAAGGGAGCUGACGACGAGAAACAUAACCCAGCUACGAUGUCCAUGGACAACAGAAAGAGGCCAGCGGGUUCCUCCAACUCCGGCAACCUGGUGUACUGGUCCUCCUCGUUUCCGCGGCAACCAGCCAGGGUCCUGAUCGUGGAGGCGCUGCCACCCUGGUGGUCGGAGACCUGUCCCGUGCUCUGUGAUGCUCUGGAUAACUUCCUGUCCCUGGCCUGUAGUCUGGAUGGACCCUGUAGGAUCCCACUACUCAGCCUGUACGCCAUCAGCCGGCAGCAGGAGUGUCUACUGCCUUUUGUGCAGGUCCGUGGCAACCUGGCCCGCCUGCGCUCCUGCGUGGAGGAGCUGAGGACUCUUCCAGGUGAAGGCUGCAUCAGAGGAGCAGCCAGAGGAGGCGAGCUGCUGCGUCAGGCAGUGCUGGACAGUCUGCAGCAGUUUAAACAGUACAUCAGACAUACCAGCACUGGCAGCCAGGCCAGCAACAAUAUAUCUGUGGAGGUUACCGUGGUGACCAGUCAGCCGGGGCGGGGUGUCGUUCGCCAUCUGGAGGCGGGGCUGAAAGGCGCCGACCUGGUGUCGCUGAAGCGGCUGCUGGUGGUUCAGAUCUGCAGCGCGGCAGACUGGGGCCAAGACAACCACUCACCUGAAGCCGGGCACGCUGAGACUGACGACUCCCUGAUGCUGGGGACCGAGGUCGACCUGCAGCGGGUGGAGAACAGCGUGUUCACCAUGGAGACGGUGUUGAAGGCGUGGCUUCAGGAGCAGGGCGGAGACCGAGAGCACCUCCACCUCCUGCUGCCCAACCCCUCGGCGGAUAAUCCCAUUCCAGUGUGUGUGAAGUGUGACAUGCAGGAGCGACUGAUAAGCCCCGCCCUCAUCCCCCUGAGCCCCAACCUGGGAGUGAAGACCGAGAGCAUCCGGGACUUCCUGCCCCUCGCGAAGGGAUCAGCCAAUCAGGGCGAGCCGCCACGGAAACUGAAAGUAAUCAAGACUCUGCGUGCAGACGGAGUGUGUGAGAGUGUGCUGUACGGCCUGCCGCUGGUGCUCCGCCCCACCACCUGCUGGCAGCUGGACUGGGAUGAAAUGGAGACCAACCACAACUUGUUCCACGCUCUCUGCCACACUCUCAGGAGCCGUGACUUGUUCCUGCUGCUUCGCGUGGAGGCUGCACAGAGGCCGCCGGCUGGAGGCUCAGGUGUGUGUUCCCACUACGUCCUCCAGCCAUCCCCGUCCCUCUCCCUGCUGCUGAAGCCGGUGGUGUCCAGAGAGUUGCUGCUGCCCUGCUCGCUGCCCGUCUCCACUCAGGAGCCUGCGGCCGACGCCGUGCUCACCAUUCAGGGUUGUCUCACUCAGCUGGACGAGGAGUGUGUGUUCAACCCUCUCUCUCUGAGCAGUAACCUGUACCAGCACCUGAGGAGCAGAGGCCUGCUCUCGCAGCCUCGAUACCCAUACAGGCUGCAGCCAGCAGCCGCCCACAGAGACCCGGCUCAACCACUAGAGGGCUCCAAAGCCACGGGCAGCAGCAGGCAGCCGCGGCAGCCACAAAGCCAUGGCCGCCAACUGGGAAUGAACAGCAAGGCCAGGGCCACUGUGGCUCCCCUGCCCUCUUCCUCCUCCCACUCCUCCUCCUCGCUGGGGCCUCCUCCUGUCAAGGCUUCUCGUCCGGCUCUGAAGCUCCUCAGCAGCAGCAGUGGAGGCCGUCGGGCCCCGGCCCCGACUCGAAAGGAGGAAGACAACGGUGACGACGACUCCAUGGUGAUGCAGUAAAAAAGUGGACUGAGAGAGCAAUAGAGAGACAAUAAGGUGCAUAUAGAGAGAGAGAGAGAGAGAGAGAGAGAGAGAGGCAGGGUGGCACAUCCUCAACAAGUCAUUUAACCCACACACACACUUUGAAUCCCCCAGCAUCCAGACCUGCCACUUCAAAAGGCUUUUCCAGUGAACGGCAGAACUGCUUACUCAGCACACACACACACACACACACCCAUUGUGGCUAAUCGCUCCCCAUUGUAAAGUUUGUGAGCAAUUAGGCAGCUCAUAAAGACUUUCAAGACUUUGUAAAAGAGGGAAGGACACCCUAAUCAACACAUAAACACACACACACACUAUUCUGCCCUGAACUCUGAUUGGUUACAGCUUAUUUUGGUAUUCCAAAUCAUCUCUAUUCCUUCUCACCACACAAACGCUAUUAGCUAGAUCUAAACUUAACAACCCUGUGUGUGUGUGUGUGUGUGUGUGUGUGUGUGUGUGAGAAGGAGGAAAGUUUCGACUUGUGCCACCUUUUAAACUGCUGAGGCAGCAAAUCACACACACACACACACACACACACGUGAGCAAUGAAAAAGGCGAAGGAAAAGAUGAAGAGAGGGAAAAGCAGGACAAUGGAAGUCUGAAUGGAGGAAGGGAACAGAGAGUAAAAAGAAGGUGAGGAUGAUCAGAGGUCAGGAGGUUAAAGGAUGCAUUCAAAGUAUUUUCUUCAUGUCGCAGCACACAGAAAACGACAUAGUUUUGAUUCCUAAUAAUAAAGCAGACAUACUGACACACACACACACACACACACACACACACACAUAUGCACAUCCCAUUCCCAUUCUGCCCUGAAGCCCCAAUCAGAACACAGACUCUCUGUUAAUGAGACGGAGAGUAAAGCAGCAGACAGAGGGGCCUCUCUGCUCCCCUUCCCCCCCACAGCGCGCUCCCUCGCCGGGCGUUGAAAAGGCAGCGUUGGGGGGGGGGGGGGGGCUGCAGUGUGCUCUUCAAAGUUGACACCAAGAGGUUUGUGACGAGGAAAACACAUUUCGACUCUCGCUCAUACGCACACAUUGGUAGGUUCAGACACGUCCGCCGUCACCGUUAUGAAUGUAUUCCUCGUCAAGGAGCCUCACACACACACACACACACACACACAGGCGUAAUCAGUCUCCCGCCAUUCCGCCCCCUUGUUGAACCGUACAGCGUGAGGCCGACCCAGUGUCAGACGGUUUCACGGCGUUGUGACGUCACAGGACUUCCUCCUUCACUCGGUGGCGUCCACAACGAUCCUUUUGUCUCUCAGGAGAAUUUGAGCGGACGACUGCCCACUGACAUUUUACCCGCUUCUUCUCCCUCCGCCGCCUCGCCUCGCUCGCCACUUUCCUCGUCAGCCAUCCCGGAGUCAACGUGUGUGUGAACUUCGUACAUUUGUUGAAAUAGAACAACAGCAGCCUCUCUCUCUCUCUCUCUCUCUCUCCACCAAAAAAGGUCAAGCAGCUGAAGCCAGAGAGCCUCCUCCUCCUCACUGGGAGGUCAGCAGUCACACUCCUCAGCGUUAAAUGUCACCAGAUUAAUGAGGCGUGAGCGCCGGUUCACCAGCGCGUCCCCAGUUCGUACUGAGCGUCCGGACGAGUCGUUUGUUUCCACAAAGCUUCUUUGUUCCUCGUUGUUUUAUCUCGUGUUGUCGACUCUCUCGUGUUCCUGUUCCGCUCGAGAGUCGUUUGUGUUGACUGUUUUCCACGCCGGUCAUUUUCUGAGCCGCGAAGGAGAUCCUAUCAAAAGGAGCUGAUCCUGUCGUUUCCAGAUCCUGUCGGUCCGACGUAUAUUUAUAUUUAUAUAUUUAUUCAUUUGUAUUGUAUCUUUACACUGUGUAUAAACUGUGGGUUAAUAAACUGUAACUGAGUAACAGGU